UCCAGGAAGCCGGGCGGCUUUUUGCAGGAGGCUUCUCACCAGAUCACGGCCGGUGGCUCAGCGGGUGGAAGCUGGAAUUUGGAAGGUCCACAGCUUCAGUGGAACUCUGAGAGCCCAUAAGGGCUACUGGAGAGGCUUAGGAGAACUGGUACUGGUUUCAGGAUGUACACAAUUGGACUGAGGAGUCCUGUCUGUCAGAAGUUGCUAGAUGGAGGAUCUGUACCCUGACCGUGCAUCUCAAGACCCUGAGCCAGAGUUGUGAAUGCAAGUACAGCAACCUGGUCUUGUAGAAAUUUGCCUCAUGCACCCUCUUGAUGUAGUGAAAACCAGGUUCCAAAUUCAAAGAGGGAAAACUGAUCCAACCAGUUACAAGAGCUUGGGGGACAGUUUUAGGACUAUUUUCCGGACCGAAGGAUGGUUUGGUUUCUACAAAGGCAUACUCCCUCCUAUCAUGGCUGAAACACCCAAAAGGGCAGUGAAGUUUUUCACCUUUGAACAAUACAAGAAAUUACUAGGACAUGCUUCACUAUCACCAGGAUUGACGUUUGCAGUUGCUGGUCUGGGAUCUGGAUUAACAGAAGCAGUUGUGGUUAACCCAUUUGAAGUAGUAAAGGUUAGCUUACAGGCAAAUCGGAAUGCUUUCACAGAGCAACCAUCAACCUUUGUCCAAGCACGGCGAAUUAUUACAACUGAUGGCUUAGGAUUCCGUGGACUCAACAAAGGCCUCACUGCAACAUUGGGCCGCCAUGGAGUUUUUAAUAUGGUUUACUUUGGAUUCUACUUCAACGUCAAAAACAUUAUUCCAGUCAAUGAGGAGCCAACUUUGGAGUUCUUGAGAAAAUUUGGAAUUGGGCUAGUCUCAGGGACAAUAGCCUCAAUGGUUAAUAUCCCUUUUGAUGUUGCAAAAAGUAGGAUUCAAGGGCCACAGCCAGAGCCUGGCGAGAUCAAGUAUAGAACCUGUUUUAAAACUAUGGCAACAGUCUAUAAGGAAGAAGGGUUCCUGGCUUUGUACAAAGGGUUGGUUCCCAAGAUCAUGAGGCUUGGCCCAGGUGGUGCAGUGAUGCUUCUGGUUUAUGAAUAUGCUUAUGCAUGGCUUCAGGAGAACUGGUGAUCAGAAGUACUGCUUCUAAAACAAUGUACUGUUUGAAAUUAUAUACCUGAUAAAUUUCACAUGUUAUGAUAUAAAGGACAUAGGUAAAGCAAAAUAUAAGAGGAACUCAUGCUACAGUUCUCUUUGAUAUGAAUGAGAGUUGAAGGCACUCAUCACUUUGGAAGAUUGGGCCCUGUGGCCUUGAUCCAGCAGAGCACAUUGGCACAGGCUUAGCUUUAAGCACUGAUGUGCUUAUUUGCUUUGCUGAAUCAGGGCCCCAGUGAUCAAGAAAAAAUAUAAAGGUAACACAGGAACAAGUUAAUUUCUCAAGAACAAACCAAAUGUAAUGGGCAGUAAAUUAUGUCAUUUAGUAAAUGCAUCCAUUUUUUAACUAGUGAUUGUUAAAAUGUCAGGUUAAGUUUCUUGAUAGGUGAACUCAGCAGGAGAAGUGCAUUAAUCAUGUUGGGCCAAAUCCUACACUGGUAUAAAUUGUCAUGGCUCCAUUGACUUUAAAGUUGAGGACCUGGCCCAUACUUUGCAAAUCUGAAGUAAAUCCUGGGUCCAAUCAUGCAGUUCUAACACAGUAUGGGAGUGAUGCUUGGAAAAGGAUGGAUGGAUUGCCCCCAUACCUCAAAUAAUACCUACUGUCAAACAUUCUGCAUAGUAUCAGUUAUACAUUGAAUAUUAUCCUUACUUCAAACAGGUCAUAGAAAGAUGAUGAGCAUAAUUCAAUUUACCUAAAUUCUGUCCUCACAUAAAAUUGUACAACAACCAAAGAAGUCAGUGAAGUAGACAAUAAACAAACAAACAGGUAAUUUAAUUCAUUUUGGAUAUAUAAGGCCAGAUUGUGAACUCACAUUGUGAGCAGUUAUUCACAUGAGUAGUCCCAUUGACUCCUGCCCAACAGUAAUCAUCUGAACAUUUCACAAAAAUGUUCAGAGGGGAGAUCCUAGCCCCACUGAAGUCAAGACAAAAUUCCCAUUGAUUUCAGUGGGGGCCAACAUUUCACCCUCAGUGUUUUUAUUUCCAGAUUUAAAAAAAUCAAAUUAAAAGAUACAAGAGAAAUAAUGAUCAUGAACACCCUUUCAUUUGCUGUAAAUGUGAGAAUAAAAAAUAUAUCAGUAAGCCUAUAUAAUUCAUUUCAGUGUAUAUGUGUGUGUAUAUGUUUCGAGAAGUUGACAGAGAAUACUUGACCUUGAAGGGUAAAGGUGGGUGAGGAGUGGGGAUCAAGAUUUUCUUUUCUUUAGAUUGUAAUAAAUGUUUCAACACCUCACGACCACCCUGACUGCCUAUCGUGACCCCCUUGUGGUUAAGAAACAGUGUCCUAUACUGAUAUCCCAUAUGCAGUCUUAAUUUGAUAACCAUAAGCCUUUCUGAAAAACAAAUACUGAAUUUUGUUAUGAAAUUAAAUAUGUUUGCUUUCCCAGAUAUUCAGUAUAAAUUAGCUCAUAUUUCAAAUAUAUUUUCCUACUUUUUUCUAUUUUCAAUUGCUAUUUGAAAUAGGAUAUACUACAUUUCUGUCAUGCUUAUUGAAGACAAAGUCUAACUUCACGUAGUGUAUCACCUCUCUGUUGAUGUUCAAGUGCUGUCUUCUUAAAUACCAGAAGGGCUGUAUUUCGUUCACAAUAAACAAUUACCUUUAUCUA